UUUCAGAAUUGCGACCUAUGGUGAGCCCCUCAGUGUGUCUGGACCGGAGCACACAAUUCCAGCAGAGUACUUUCGGUCACCUUUCAAAAACAACGAAGCCACAUAUGUGGAAGCCACGGGCCUGGAGACAUGAACAGCUGAAUCAAACAACAGUCAUUGCUCCACAUGAAACUAUCUUUAGAGCCGAAGACCUAUCUGUGAUUCUUAAAGCAUAUGUGUUGGUGACGUCCUUAACCCCUUUGCGUGCAUUCAUUCACUCAACUGGCACAGUUUGGAAUCCACCAAAGAAAAAACGCUUCACUGUUAAGGUAAAAUUUCCAUCGAAGCUGUUAUUUCACCCAAAGUACAUUGAAGAUAAGUGAAGUGAAUGGGGCUGCCAUUUUCCAACCUUUGU